AUGCUGACACCGGAAAAUAGCGAGAUGAGACAACAGGAGAAGAUGGUAGCCGCGAUGUUUCCCUUGCGAUUCCACUCGGCAAUUUCGGCACUUGUGGUACUUGUGGCAGAGGCGGUAGUGGUCGUUGUAGAAGAACUUGUUGCUGUCGUCGUCGACCUACUGGAGGUCGUCGAAGUUGAAGUGGUUGUAGACUGGGUAGAGGUCGAUGUGGUUGAGCUUGUACUCGUAGUUAUAGUCGAAGUAGAUGAUGUGCUAGUAGAAGUGGAAGUGGAAGCUGAGGUUGACGAAGUAGAGGUGGUUGAUGUGUCCGAAUAUGUUGUACUCGUCGAUGUUUCUGAGCUCGUACUCGCGGUUGUUGUUAAUGUUGUUGAUUCGGAGGUUGUGGGUGUAUCACGAGCGAUAAUGAUGACUCGAUCGAUAUCGUCUCGUGCACUAGGAUGGUUCAAGUUUUCAUCGGUACUGGAUGAUGGAACAUCAUAUAUUUCGGAUUCGAUUGAAGACGUUGAGGGCCUAUACGGCUGGCAUGCGAUUAAUGCAAAAUGCGACGCUAGUAGCAGAAUAGCUGUUCCUCGGAGUCUGGUCAUGUUGAUCAUAAGCUACCACGAGAGAGGGAAAUAA